UCAUUCAUAACAAAUGUCACGUAAUCAUAAUUACAUUGUUUUAUUGUCAUAUUUCUAAGAGGAAAAAGAUGAAGAUAAGGCUAUCGUAUGAUUGUGUUCGAUUAUUUCCGAAGACGUAUAAACCAACCAAAUUCCAAAUAAGAGUUGAAUAGCCGUAAUUCUAGCCUCUAAAAAGGGGCAAUCUUCGAUUAUCAACAGAAAUUCGAAAAUAUAUAAGAUAUAAACAGGGACGAAAGUAACUAUUCAAUCCAGUCCUCAUCGUCAUCUUUUUCCUACACAUCCAAGAUAGCCGUAAAUGAGUGGAAUGAAGAUAAAGGAUUUGAUAUUUGAGGAAGAAAAAGAAGAGUUUCCUUGGGACGAAAAUGCCUUGAAAACUUUCAAAAAUCUUAUCAGAGAACAACGCAUUACAUGUCUCAUGGAUGACGUUUUCCUUCUCGGAUUUCUACGUGCUACAGAAUUCGAUUUGCCAAGUUCUCUCCAGUUGCUUAAGAAUUAUUAUAACACGAGAGUAAAUUAUCCGCAAUACAUUAAAAAUCUUCUUCCUUCGAAAAUGGAGGAUGUUGUGAACAUGAAUAUUUUCCAAUAUUUGCCAAAACCAGAUCAAGACGGAAGCUAUAUUUGCUUUUUCCGAUGUGCCAAUUGGGAUACGUCUGUUGCAAAUGGAAUUGAUGUAAUACGUGUUAUACUGCUUAUAUGGGACCUUCAAUUAAAUUUACAUCGAACUCAAGAAAAUAAAAUCAUUUGUAUCGUAGAUGCCGAGGGAUUCUCUCUCUCACAUUUCUAUAAUUUCUCGCCAAGAGUCAUGAGUGCUUUCGCCACACUUGCUCUUACAGAUUCUUAUCCUUUACGAUUCAGAGAAAUACAUUACGUGAACAUGAAUGUCAUAUUCGAAGCUAUUUUAACUGUUUUCAUUCCACUUCUACCGGACAAAAUAAAGAAGACGAUUCAUUUACAUUCUGAUAUUACAACUUUGACUGAUUUCAUCAGUCCCGAUUGUCUGCCUUCACAACUCGGUGGAAAUUUGCCACCUUUCGACCCGAAUGAAGCUAAUAAAAUGCUUAAAGCUAAUGAAGAAUUCCUCCGAAGAAACGAAGAAUAUGUGAAAUUAUACGAGAAAUCAAUUAAAAAUUGUAAUGAAGACACAUCUUUAUGCAAGGAUGUCAAUAGGAAAGAAUUUAUUGAAAAGGCGGAAGAAAUAUUUGAACGCCAUUCUAAUAAUCCCGAAGAUUUUCUAGCUUGUAUGAAAGAGAAUUUCGAAUUUGAUAUUGAUAAAUUUUAAGGUAGAAGAUUUUUUCUAAAAUUAGUUAAAACUUAAACUAACAAGAUUCUUAAUUGUAUCGUCACUUAAAACUAUGUUUGGAAAUAAAAUUUAAAUACGUGUUUAUUAAUUAAAAGAAUUUAACGAAUAAUAAUACUGGACUUAUCAUGCAUAAUAAAGUAGAAACACAGGCACACAAGAGUUAUUUCAUAUAUCACACUUUUGAUAUCUACAUCGUUUCCCAAAGGGCUCCAUACAAUGACAGAAAUCAAGCAUAUCAAUAGCCGAGUAAAUAAAACCGUAGAACACGCGUACUUCGUCAUUGGUUCGUACCUGAUCAAUGGACUAGCUACCAUGCAGUGUUCCGGGUUUUCUUUAUGUGUCUAUACAGACUCACUUUACACAUAGGAAGUCCUGCUAGAAGUUAUCCCAUUGGCAGAUAACCCCUGUGUUCCGUUGCCUUACUUUGUCAAUCCAAUGAUACAAAUUUUAAUGCUUUCAUUUCAAUGUUUGUAAAUAAAGUUACAUUUUACCUUUGUAUGUAUGGAAACUUUUGGGACAUUCUGUAUAAUUGAUUAACGGCCAGAUGGCCUGCUUGAAAGGCUACUGUUCAUCGUUUUUCGAGAUAUGGAAACGAAUCUGGACGGAACAAAGUCUCCAAAAUUUUCUGGUGCUUGUUUGUCUCGCCAACUUUGAACCCUGUCUUUCGUCACCCGUCUAGUCCAACCUACAAGGGACUUGACAAAAGAAUUAAUAAACUUUUUGUUACCUGCUGUUCCUCUUACAUUCAUUGUCACCUAGAAAUAUUGUAGCUAGUGUGUCUCGUUUAAAAAUAAUCGUCGUGUAAUAUUUAGAAAGUAAGCUCUAUAAUGUUUCACUAUAUCACUAUAAUUUUUUAUUUCAAUCUUAUUAUUUUAGUGCUUUUAUUAAUUGAAAUCUAAGGAUGUGGGACGUGUUAAAUUUUCAAACAGCACAGUUAAGUUUAGAAGUGUGGCACCACGAAGUGUGCGUAGGAGCUGCACGAUUUCGCUGCAAAAAAAAGGCAAAAAAGAAUUACAUUAAUUUAAGUUUUAAUUAAUGUUUUUUUCAUUCAAAUAACAUUACAAACAGCCAAAUAAAUAUAUGAUUCAAGGUGAUGAAAAUCGACGUACAGUACAACUGUGAAUAUAAAAAAUGCAGAUGUCUGGCGUGCAGAUCUUUGUUACUUAUCCUUUGUUUUACAUUAUUGUUUGUUUUUUAUAUAUAAGAAUUAAUUUUGGGGUAUUUUUCUUUCAUGUUUAUCCCGUAAUGUUUAUCCCAUGAGUAGAAAUGCUUGUCUUCAAUUUCAAAAUUGCAACGCAGUAAUACACCAUUAUAGAAUUGCAAAAGUAUAGAUGUGGAUCUAUACUUUUUUCACGCAAACCGCAAAAAAUUUCACCUAUAGUAAAGUCCGAGUUCAGGGUAAUACUUAAUUGUUUCCCUCUCCCCCGAGACAGGAAUUUUGAAAAAUCCCUUCUGUGAACUCGCGGAUAUUUACGGGCUUUUUAAAAAUCCAAAUUUUCUGUUAAUUGUCUUCGGAAAAAACCCGAAGAAUUUGAACUAGAUCGGAUUUCAUCGAUUGUAUAACGACUAGCUGAGGAAGUUUACAGUUAGGUGUGAAGAAUGCACCGUCAUCGUCAAAAAAAGUCAAUUACGUGACAAUUUUCCCACGCUAAUGAUAUAAAAGCUCGAAUCUCCGGAAGCUUAGGGCGAUUCAUCAUAAGAAGUUAUACUUUGUGAUAGUGCCCACCUCGACUCCCGAACCUUUGUACAGCGGACUUGAUCCAACCACAGAGAGAGGACAUCGGCAAGAAGACACGGAAGACACCACACCCUUCCAUACAGACGACGUUCGCCAACUCUCCCUUCCACCGAGAGGUAUUUAGGGGUUAGAAUUUGUAAAAGCGCUCUCUCUCGAACUAGAAAUUAGGUCAGCGACAUAGCUACGAAAUUCGUCGCCAAUUUAUGUAAAUAUUUUAAUAUAACCGCAUUUAACCUUAGUAGUAAGUU